UUCCCAUUGCAGCCCCUGGGAGGCAGUGAGGAAGAGGAAGGUGCCCCAGGACACUGAGGCAGAGCAGGAGCUGAGCAUGGAGAGCAGGGAGGACAAAUCCCCGGGGCAGAACCUGGUGGAAGAGGCCGUUUUGAGCAGCUCCACAGCACAGGAAUCCAACGGGGAGGAAAAGCCCCGGAGAUCCUGCACGAGGAGGGGCUGCAAACGCAGAUGGCGGGGAUCUGAGGGGGAAAGAGCCAGCCUGGGCCGGGAAGGCGGCCGGAGAUGGAGCCAGAGCUCAGAGCUGGUGCUCCAUGAGCAGCUCCAUGAUGGGGAGAAGCCCCACACGUGUGAGGAGUGUGGGAAGAUCUUCAGGUCGAACUCUGAGCUGAUCAGGCACCAGAGGACCCACACUGGGGAACGGCCCUACAAGUGUGAUCAGUGCAGGAAGAGGUUUCAGAUCAGCUCCAAUCUCCUCAAGCACCAGCGCACUCACACAGAGGAGAGGCCCUUCCGCUGCCCCGACUGCGGGCAGGGCUUCAGGCAGAAUGCCCAUCUUGUCACGCACCGAUGCAUCCACACUGGGGAGAGGCCCCACGAGUGUGAGGAAUGUGGGAAGAGCUUCAGGCACAGCUCCAACCUGAUCAGUCACCGGAGAACCCACACCGGGGAGAGGCCCUACGAGUGUCGGGAGUGUGGGAAGAGCUUCAGCCAGCAUUCCAACCUGGUCAUCCACCAAAAGAUCCACACUGGGGAGAGGCCCUACGAGUGUUCUAAGUGUGGGAAGAGAUUUCAGAGCAACUCCCUUCUUCUCCAGCACUAUCAGAUUCACAGAGAGGAGAGGCCCUUCCAGUGCCCUUACUGUGGGAAAGGAUUCAAGCACAACUCCACCCUCAUUACCCACCGGUGCAUCCACACUGGGGAGAGGCCCUACGAGUGUCCCCAGUGUGGGAAGAGCUUCAGCUGGAGCUCUAACUUGACCCAACACCAACAGAGGCACCGGUAAGGGAAGCCCUGCGAGUGCCCCGAGUGCGGGAAGAGCUUCGUGUGCUGCUCCAGCUCCAUCCCCCACUGGAGGAGCCCCUUUGGGCAUAGCCCUGGUCACCCACAUUCCCUGUGAUCCAUGUUGGGAACACACCUGGCUGCUUCUCCUGUUUCUUUGGCCUUAAUUUUCUUCUGAUUCAUCUUCAUCCCUUAAAACCACCAUAAACAUGGUUAAAUAAAUGAAAUUGAUCAAAGAUA